AGGAGUUUGUGUCUUCAUCAGUGAUUGGACAGGGCGCAGUGAAAGGACCUGAAACAUGCAAAAACAUGCAAAUCUUUCAGGGGCUCAGAGGGGAUGAAGGACAUUUUGUUAUCAGGUUCAAAAUCAGCUGUUGAAUGAGCCUUACAGACAGGUCUGAAAACAAGACAACCAGGUAGGUAUCAUUUGUCAUUUGUCUCUUGCUGUAUUUAUCUACACUCAGUUUCUCAUGAAAAGAGGCUUUUUUAGGUUUUUAAUUUAACCUCUGUGCUGUUGGAUUACUUUUUAGAGUCACACUUAUCUGGAAAAACAACAAAGCGGCUAUAGUGCAAGUAAGGCCAGGUGUGUCCGAGCAAUAUGGACUAUGCAUUCAGAGCGGUUACUCACACUACUGGGAUUAUCAUCUGGCGAGUUGAGGUAAAUUGAUUUCACAGCUGUUGCAGCAGCAGUGAAGUGAUUUUUUUUCUCUUUCAAUCACUUACUCAGUUCGAUGCUAAAGGUAAAAAAUGUUGCUUUAGCGGAAAAUGACUAAAACAGCAAUGAUGAGGAAGUUAAGAAAACCCUGCUUUGUCCUCUUAGAACAUGGAGCUGGUCCAAGUCCCAGAGAAAUCUUAUGGAAACUUUUAUGAAGGCGACUGCUACCUACUCCUGUCUGUAAGUCGAGGAAGAUGGACGAUGGAUCAUUUUGUAUGCCAGUGUGACUUAUUUAUCAUGGAAAGCUCAGUAUUGUAUUUUUAAACUUUAUUCUUAGCAGAGGUGAAUGGUUUAGUGCAAUGAGGCAAAGGCUCUCAGAUGACGUUCUCCAUGUACACACAUAUACACCCUUUUCUUCUCCACUUCCUGUAUGUCUCCAGACUCAGAAGGUGAGCAGCUCUCUGAGUUAUAAUGUCCACUUCUGGAUUGGCUCACAGUCCUCACAGGACGAACAGGGUGCAGCCGCUGUUUACACCACACAGCUUGAUGACUAUUUGGGCUCCUCUCCAGUCCAACACCGUGAGGUUCAAAACCACGAGUCUGAUACCUUCAGGGGUUACUUCAAACAGGGAAUUAUGUGAGUGAAAAUGUUGUCACAGUAAUCCAUGAUUUUUUUACACAUAAACACGAGCUGUAACAUUGUCAUCCUGUGUUGAGCAGCUAUAAGAAGGGUGGAGUUGCAUCAGGCAUGAAGCAUGUUGAAAGCAACAUGUAUGACAUCAAGAGACUGCUUCAUGUCAAAGGGAAGAAGAGAGUGACUGCUAGUGAGGUAAGCAGUGGUUUAUUUGCCUUCAGGAGGAACAAACUUUACAAUUUGCAAGUACUGCCCACCACUGGGUACUGUACUACUGUACUGCACUGUACUAUAAAACAAUAGAGUAGAGAGCUAAGUUAGUCAUAAUUGAAUUUUGCUCAAAAAACCUACCAAAGUAGAAAUAGUAGAAAUAUUUUUCUGCAUUUCCCAAUUUCAUUUAAAGUUGGCAAUUUAAAUUUGUGUUUGUUUAUGUUAUUUUAAAAACUCUUUGUGAAAUCGUUAUUUUCACUCAUAACUUCACUCUCCCAUAAUAGAGUUGAUGGCAGAGCCAGGGGUGGCGUGGGGUUUUAAGGUGUUACGUUAUCAGCAUGCAUGAUAGGAAGCAUAAGAUUCACAGCUGCUAUCUGACUCAGAAGAAUUUUAUUUUUACACAUAGGUAAUUUAAUAUUGUGAAAUCAUGAUUUGUGAGUGAAUAGUAGCUACAAAAAUCUUCUCCCAUGUGUCUCUCUUUAACACAGACAGUUAGAAAUCACACGUGCUUUUUUACAGUCAAGGAACAUGAAUAUUCAAUAGUCUAGAUAUGAGUUGAAUGACUUCCUGUCUGGCUCAACUUGUCUGUCUCUCUUUAACCAAGAUUUAAACUUCUCGACUAAAAACUAUUUUUUUUUGCACAUUUUCCCGACUAUAUGCACUGUGUUAGCUGUUUGGAGUUCAGCAGCAGGUUUUAGUAGACUGGCCUGCCAAUAGUUAACUUAAUUAUGUGGCUUAUUCAGGAACCACCUGCAUGUGUGUUCUCAUCAGGUGAACCUGUGCUUGUGUGUCUGCAUAAUUGUUUGCUGCGGGGCCAGUAUAGGACUGAUGUCACCAUCAUGUGCAGUUAGACAGUCUGCUAAUGGUUACACUUCCAUGUUUCGGCAUCACUUACUGUUCUCUAGUAGUUUGUUUUGAGACUAUGUCAUUCUUUCUAACUUUCUAACACCAGACCACAGGAUUACGCUGUAUGACUCGUAUUAAAUCAAAAUUUAUCAGGAAGAGGAAUCAGAAAAAAUCCACAGUAUAACCCUAUCGCUGCAUUUGCCCUGUGGCUCUAAUUAUGGUGAUAGAAUAGCAUAUAGACAGCAUGAUUUACAUUUGUAUUUGUUUCAGGUGGAGAUGAGCUGGAACAGCUUCAACCUUGGUGACGUGUUUUUGUUGGAUAUUGGGAAGACUAUCAUUCAGUGGAACGGACCAAAGAGUAACAGACAGGAGAGGCUCAAGGUAAGAUUUUUGUCUUGGUUUUAUAUCUAUGACAUUGUUGUGAAGCACUUUACCCCGGUUGCGUAGUAAAAGCAAAAGCAAAAAGGUCAGUUUUGACCCGUGUCUUAAAUCAGCUGUAAAUUACACUAAAGACAAUUCUCUAUCAUCUAAUUUGGUUCUCAUCUCUAGGUUACCUUGUUAGGCUUCAUUAUCCAUGAAAAUAUUGCUGGUAAUAUUUUUUUGUUGUGCCUUUGUCGGUAUACCCCUCAUACAGACAUCUAUACUAAACUGAUCUCACAUGUCUGGACAUGUCCAUCGUUGUUUUUUGUGCUGGGAAAAAACAUGGCAAAAUGAGAAUUUCGUAAAUCUCACAUGAUUGGAAGAGGACCUGACUGUCAGUGUGGUGCCUGACAGUGCACAGAUGGUUUUAGUUUUUGCUCAAAUCAUUAGAUAUUGAUCUAACCGGACCAACAGCGACCCUAACACAAGUGCCAUAAUUUUAAUAAGAGCAUUUUAUGAUUUAGUCAAUUUAAUUUUUUUUAUUUUCAUUUUGUUGAAGUAGAGGUUCCUGACAAAGUCAAAAAAGCUAAUUUAAGUGGUUCUUUUAAGCAUUUAAAAUCAGAAACGGGUCGGUGCAGACCCUAACACAGGAGGAGGGUUAAGAACAAAAACAAAUUGUUUGAUUAAGUCAAAUACAGCUUGUACAUGAAUGAAAAAACACGAUAUUUCUUUUAUUUAAAUAGAUCCUGAAGUGUUUUGAUUCUGGGAUGACCAACAUUUUUAUGAAACGUGGUCUUUUUUUUUCUUUCUUUCUUGUAGUCACUCUGAGUCAAGCUCCUAGUACUUGGACUGACUCUGUUUUACCCGUAUUAGAAACUUUCCUCCACUGCAUAACAAGAAGUUGAAAUUCCCUUUUCACAGGCUAAUUUGUACAAGUUGUGAUAACUGAAGAUGAAUAGUGUGUGUUAUACUGUAUAUGUUAAUGGAUCACUGCGUGCGCUCAGUAUGAUAUCUUUGGCUCUCAGGGCAUGUUACUGGCCAAAGACAUCCGAGACAGAGAGAGAGGAGGCCGGGCAGAGGUCAGAGUGAUUGAGGGUGACGAAGAGGGAGAUUCUCCUCAGAACAUGGAGAUCCUCAAUGACACUCUGGGAGAAAGAACCUCUCAGCUGAAAGAUGGGCGUGCAGAUGAAAUUGCUGAUCAGGAACAGAAGUCAAAUCUCGUGCUGUACCAGUAAGCUGAUCCCUGAUAUCUUGUGUUUUGUGUGUCCCGAUGAAUAAGAAAUCAUGUUCAGUUCAGUUAAAGGGGUUUGUCUUAUCUUCUGUAUAUUUUGUAUCUUUCUUUAAGUGUGACAGAUGAGGAUGGCCAUAUGAAGGUGACAGAAGUUGCAAGUAGACCACUGGCUCAGGACCUCCUCAAUCAUGACGUGAGAUUUUGUAAUAGUUACCAAAUAACUGAUGAAACACAGAUUAUGGGCAGAACAAGAAAAUCCAGACUUUUUGUAUUCUCAGGACUCUAUUAAACUCAGGGAGGUGAUAUUCAAAUGACUGUGAUCAAUUAUUUAGGCUUGUAUAUGAUGUUCUGUUAUCUUCCUAGGACUGCUACUUCCUGGAUCAGGGAGGAACGAAGGUCUUUGUGUGGAAGGGAAAGAAAGCAAACAAAGCUGAAAGACAGGCAGCUAUGAGCAGAGCUUUGGUGAGCGACUCCAUCAUUUCCAUAACAUACAGGAUGCUUACUUAAAGCUUCUGUGGAGAGAUUUAAAUGUGUUGUUUAUGAUAUACAAAAGCAAAUGAUACAAAUGAUCCAGUUGACCAUCAAAGUCAGCAGGAUAAGAUUUCUUUGUCAGAGGAUGUUAAUCAAGCAUGUGAAGGACAAGAUAAGAAAUGAAAUUGACAUAAUUAAAGUUCCUUACAGAAGCUUCAACUAAUAUUUUAAGUUUGCUAUUCACGAUGCAGUCUAGUGCUACAUUCCUACUUUGAUACAGCAGGCUUUUUGGCAAGAUUGUCAUAUUAGGUUGUGUUAUUUUUAGAUAGAUGUACCUUAUUAAUUGACAGCUAAAUGAAUUGGCUGCUUUUCUCUGCUUCAGGAGUUCAUCAAGGCCAAAAACUAUCCAAUUACAACUAAUGUGGAAGUUGUCAACGACGGGGCAGAGUCAGCUCUGUUCAAGCAGCUUUUCCAGAGGUGGACAGUGAAGGACCAGACUCAAGGUCUGGGUAAAGUCCAUACGAGAGGGAAAGUGGGUAAGUCAAUGCGCAAAUUCACUAAAACUAAUAAACAGAAAAAACAACAAAACAAACAACAGCUAAAAGUUAUUGUCACCUGUGAUAAAUUCAGGACUCAAUAAUCGUCCCCAAAGACAUUUAUCAGUGUCACUUGCUCAUUUCGGUCUGUCAUCAUUUCCCCUUUUUAGCUCAUUUCACACAGGAAAAAUUCGAUUCAUCUCUGAUGCACGUGAUGCCAGAAGUGGCUGCACAAGAGAGAAUGGUAGACAAUGGCACAGGUCAAGUAGAGGUAAGUAUGACAAUUUGAUCACCGAUAUAAUUAUAUUAUAUUAUAUUAUAUUAUAUUAUAUUAUAUUAUAUUAUAUUAUAAUUUGCUCUUGCACAGUGAGCUAACAUGCUUAAAACUAGGAUGAGGAGCCAACCUUGAAGUUCUGCAGAGAUUUUCUUUCCAUGUAUUUCAUAUAAUACUUAAACCUUUUUGAUGUGCUCAGGUUUGGAGGAUUGAAAAUAUUGAGCUUGUGCCUGUGGACCCUGAAAUGUAUGGAUACUUCUAUGGGGGGGACUGCUACCUGAUCCUCUACACCUACCAGGUUAACAACAGAAAGUGUUACCUGCUCUACAUGUGGCAGGUGGGGCUUUGUUAUAAUACCAAGUGUCUCAUCAAAGUCCGAGCUUUGGAUUAUCAAACUCUUUUUCUUUUUUUCUUUUUUUUUUGACAAGAACAGAUUACUCAACCACUUACUGUUUCAGGGCCGUCAUGCAACACAAGAUGAACUGGCAGCUUCGGCUUUUCAGGCCGUGGAUUUGGACCAAAAAUAUGGUGGUGAGCCGGUUCAAGUGAGAGUAACGAUGGGCAAAGAACCGAGACACUUUAUGGCCAUCUUCAAGGGGAAAAUGGUCAUUUUUGAGGUGCGCUCACGAAGCGGUGAUUUAUAAGAAAAAUCUGUGCCUACUUAUUGUUUCACAGUCUUAACAAGAUGAGUUUUUUUCUCUACUCUUACAUUAAGCCUGUAAAUGUUAUUAUUUUCUCUUUUUAUCUGUUAGGGGGGCACAUCCAGAAAAGGGUGUUCCGACCCAGAGCCACCUAUAAGGUUGUUCCAGGUCCAUGGCUCUGAUCCGUCUAACACUAAGGCCAUCGAAGUUUCCGCCCUGGCAUCUUCCCUGAACUCCAAUGAUGUGUUUCUGCUGAGGAGCCAGACAGGGGUUUAUCUGUGGUGUGGGAAGGUAAGAGAAACAGAAGACAAAGAAGUGGAAAGGUGAAACUUGACACAACUUAGAGCACAUCUACACUUAACAACAGCGUGCUCCCCAUCUGGAACAUGACAAUAUUUCAGUAAACAAAGGCAAUUUCACUGCCAUCUUAUUUAUACUGUGAGGUCCCUCAAGGAUUCAUUCUAGGUCCCAUUCACUUUUCCAUCUACUCCAUGAACCAAAACAGUAACUUAGAUCUUAGAGACUGGAGAGGACUGUGCAAAAGCUCUCUCUCCUAAGAUCAAACCCCUCUGUUGGCCCCUCAAGUCUCACCUCAAAACUUACUUUUGCAUCUGUUUGGGUCCUCUUGUCCUAUAAGACGGUAUCUUAUGUUCUUUUUUUUUUUUUUACCUUUUUCGAUUAUCUUGUUUUAUGUUUUUUUGCCUUUUCUAUGGAUUCUGUAAGCAAAUAUGAGCUGUUACAUUUGGGUGUGCCCACAUACUCCUUGCAUUAUUACAUUAAACUACUGUAUAUUGGUGUACUAAGACAGGAAGGAUGUGGUCUGCUUUAGUGUUCUUGAGUCUUGGGCUUUUUUCUGUUUUAUCCUGUUUUGUCAAGCUUCCAUGUGGCUCAUGAAAACUACAAGUACCAAAAUUUUGUGUUAUAUCUGGUCUCUUUGUGAGCAGGGGUCAAGUGGCGAUGAAAGAGCCAUGGCGAAGGAGGUCAGCUCUGUGAUUGUUCAGAGCGCACAGAGAGGCUCUGAGGAGCUGGUGGCAGAGGGUCAGGAACCCAUUGACUUCUGGGAGUUACUUGGAGGGAAAGCUUGUUAUGCAAGUGACAAAAGGUAAUGACGACAUGAGCAAGUAUAAUUAAGCACCAUAAGUGUUGGAGGUAAAGAGGCACAUACUUCUUCUAUGGUUGACAACAGGUUACAGCAGACGGUUUUAGACCAUCAGCCACGCCUGUUCGAAUGCUCCAAUAAGACGGGUCGUUUCGUUGCGGCUGAGGUAACUCAGUUCAUGCAGGAUGACCUCAGUGAGAGUGACGUCAUGCUGCUGGAUACAUGGGACCAGGUAGGAGGGUGUGAUGAAGUAAUAAAAAAAGGUUUUCAGAACUAGUAACUAUAUUUGGAACUGAUGUUACAUUUAACUGGAAUGGACUACUUUUUGGGCUUGUACACUCAGCUAAUGUAAGUGUGAAAAUAAAUCCAAUCCAAUCCAAUCCACUUUAUUUAUAUAGCACAUUUUAGAAAACAUUCAAGUUUACCAAAAUUCUGCACAAUAAAAUUAAAAGAACAAACACUGCAGAAAAUAUCAAGACGAAAUAAAUAAAAGCAAAAAGCAGGUAAAAAAACAUUUAAAAUGAAAUAAAAUAAAUGAAAUAAAAACACAAAAGCAUAAAAGAAAUAAAAGUGAUAAAAGGACCAUAAAGACAUAAAAGGACAGAGAUCACACAACUCUCAUGCUGAACCAAAAGCCAAGUAGUAAAAAUAAGUUUUAAGACGUGAUUUAAAAGUAGAAAGAGUGGGGGACGUUUUAAUCUCGAGUGGCAAUUCAUUCCAUAAAUAUUUAUUUGGAAUACUGAGUCUAGCUGCUAGAAAGGCAAUCACAAAGAAAUAGCUCAAGCCAGACAUCCCAUCUAUAGAUGAAUGGUAUGAAAUUAUUUACAAUGUGUAUGUAAUGGAAGAGUCACUUUUUCAAUGAGGCUCCAGCAAUCUAAAUUCAACGACAUCUGGAAGCAAUGGAAAAUGUACAUUUGCUGAAACGCCCCUCUUUUGUUUAAGUUUCUUUUUUAUAUCAAGAUGCUCUUGAUUUAAUUACUUAAUUGCUGUAAUAUUGCGUCAGAAAUCAGUCCAUGUUUAUGUUGUAAUACUUUAUAAAAUGCUUUGUAAAAGGAAAAGAAAUAAAUUAAUAAAAAAAAAAAGUUGAAAUCUACAUAUUUCAGUGACCAUAUCCUCUUUGUUGUUGGCCCUAGGUGUUUCUCUGGAUUGGUAAAGAAGCUAAUGAGGUGGAGCGCAAAGAAUCAGUGACCACAAGUCAAGAAUACCUGCGCACACACCCAGGAAACAGAGACCCAGACACCCCCAUCGUCCUGAUAAAGCAGGGAUUUGAGCCACCCACCUUCACCGGGUGGUUCACAGCCUGGGACUCCUCAAAGUGGAGCGUGAGUGGUUUGAUUUGAACUGAUCAGGACAUAAAUAUGCAAUUGAUGCUGAGAAGCAUUUCUUUAUUUUAGGGAGGGAAGAGCUAUGAGGAGAUGAAAAAGGAGCUGGGAGAUGCAGCAUCACCUGUUGUCAUCUCAGCUGUAUGUACAAAUCAUAUCAAUUUAUCAAGUUUUUCUGGAAGAUUUUCUGUUUUUGAUCUGGGAUAGCUGUUAAAGUCUGUUUAGAUGAAGAACUUAUGUACUCUAUAUCUAUCCAACCACUGAUGUCUUUCCAGAGAUCUUCUGAGGAGCAGAAUUGCGUUGAAAGUGAGAAAACCUACCUGUCGUUUCCACCUGAUGAUUUGGUUAACAAACAGUCAAAUGAGCUGCCUGAAGGUGUCGACCCCACUCAGAAAGAGGUGUGCUUUGAAUGUUUCGGAGUUUUAAGUCACUCGUGGUUAUUGUGCCUUUUUUCCUGAAACAGUUCGACAUUUUUUUCAAAAAUAUUCAGUCAUUAUUAGCCAUCCUCAAAUUUUGUACCUUGUUGUAUCAGCAGGUUUGAGCUGUUUCUGAG